AUGAUGAUUCAUGAGACAAGAUCUCGGGCUCACUCAUCUGGUGAUGAAGAGAAAAUUAUGACUAAGAAACAGAAGGCAGAAGGCAAGGAGCAUGAAUCCGAGCAUUCGCCGAAGAAGGCGAAAAAUGGGAAUGGAAAUUCAAGUGGAAAAUCAAGNGAAGGCAGAAGGCAGAAGGCAGAAGGCAAGGAGCAUGAAUUCGAGCAUUCGCCGAAGAAGGCGAAAAAUGGGAAUGGAAAUUCAAGUGGAAAAUCAAGAGACAAAAUUGCUGCAGAGUUUGAGAGAUUAUGUGUUGAGUAA